AGGCUGAAGCAUUAACAGCCAAAGCGUUUUGGGUCUUUACGACUUCAUGACCAGCGAGCAAGAAAGGAAGCGGCCAUACAGUGUAGAAGGGGACGCUCUAACUCUUCGGAGUGUUGAGGUCAUUUAUCUUUGGCAUUGCAAAAGAUCCACCUUGCCGGUUGGUAGCAACCUUGCAAACUCCCAACAGCCAACAGUGAGUAGAGAGGAAGAAGUGAUCCUCUUGUGCUGAUAAGAUAGAUAGCAAUAGCAGUCGUUGGGCAGCUUCGGUCAAGGAGACGAGAGUUGUCUUGACAGUAGCCGUUCGCUGAGGAUACCUUACCUGAUCUGACCGUCUGCUGCUAGCUUAUUUUAGAAGAAGCAUUCUACCAUGGUGGACGAAUCCGAAAAGUCGGACAAGUUUGACGAUGAGCCCAGCAACACUGCAGCGUACGAUGGUGGCCCCCCACAACGCCAGCACAAGUACUCCACAGCAGACAUGAAGCCUGAGAAUCCUUGGAAGAAGAUUUGCUGUACCAUUUUGACUUGUCUCGUUUGUAUCGCCAUCAUGAUUCUCAUCUCCCUUCUCAUGCAAAAGCUCUUUGAUCCCGACGAAGACGAGGACUGGACAGAUGAUGCGGUGAAUGCUACCGAUGAUGAUAUCGUGGGAACUCCAGGCGCCUUGUCGGGUGCAGCAGCUGCCCUCCCUAAAAAUAUGGCAUUCAUUGAAGAUGUCUGUUCCGAAGCACGUCUUGGAGAAGACGAUGUUGCAGCCUGUGAAUCUGCCUGUGCUCCUGCCAAAGAUUGCUGCAACCCCUACUCUGAUGGUGGCAAUAGUACUUGCUUCGAAGCCGAACAAACUGGAUGUUUUGCCUAUUCCAAGUGCCACUCCUUGAAUGGAUUCUUUGAUGCCGCUCAUAAUGAUUUGGAUCGGGUCUGUAGCAAAGCCAGCCUGGAAAUCAACCCAGAAGAAUGCAAACUAGCAUGCUCCUCUCUGUCUUGUUGCUACUUGCAACAGGAAUCGUGUGUGGCCAAACACUUUGAGUCAUGCUUGGACUAUGCGCCUUGUCAAAACCUCAAGGAAAACUCUAUCGAUGUGGCACCUAUGGAUUUGGAUGAAAGAUGUGAAAAGUCAUCACCCACCUGCAAAAGAGACUGCAAGGAUGCUCUCUGUUGCUCCGAUCCUAAUUCAAAGUGUUUCCGAGACAACUUUGUGGCCUGCCUCUCAUACUCUGCUUGCACGGGCCAUUCCGAUACCAAAAUCAUUGUGGCGCCCAUUUAUUCUCGAGUGACUCCAGCUCCUGCCACUUUGGAAGAUGUCUGCUCGCCCAAGGGAAUUGCUGAGUAUGGUUCUGAUAGGUGCCAGACAGCUUGUAAUCCGGGGGCUUGCUGCUGGUUGGAUGGUGCGGCUGGCUGUUUUGGUGACGAUCCUUUGGGAUGCAUGGAAUUUGAACGUUGUACAAUCUUGAAGGAUCCCAAUUAUGCUGCGGAUGUUCCAGUAAGCCCAACCAGGUCAACCACACCUUCUCCAGUGGCUUCUGAAUCAUCACCCGAACCAUCACCAGAGGGCACCACUUCGGCUCCAGCACCAGAACCAUCAGCAGGCGGCACUCCAGCAACUCCGGCACCUACAGCGGGAAGUACAAAGGAAGCAACUCCACAACCAACUGCUGGUGGCUCCGAGAGUGCAGGGAGGAAGAUCCGAGGGUAGUUCACUUCUCAACAAUUAGCUGAACCAUACCGUACGGUACCGGUAGCAUCAUAAGUUAGAUGAUCUGAGGAGCAAUAAGAAUAGUUAUGCAUGCAUGUCUUCGCCAUGUGUUCAGUAAGUAGGUAAAGUGCAAAACAUGCAUUCAGGUGGAGAAUUCGUCUCAAGUGCCAAGCAGCAGCCGCAGCCAUCAUGUGGAAUAUCGACUAGAUGCCAGAAAAAUUCACCUGGACCAACCAGAACAAUCAGCGUCGCUACAUGGUUUCCUUGUGUUUAAAAUGCCCAAUAAAAUAGGAAAAUAUAGCUACCUUUCCCCUUCUCGUGCUUCUCUCUCGCUAGCAUGGAGGAACUCCACAUCGAGCCUUUAGCCUUCAACCAACAAUCACAACUUCUCUUAUGGACAUAAGAUUUCAAACACUCAACCCUCAUCACAUCAAUAC